AAUUCUAAAUUCGACGCAACGAAUCUGCUUCAGUAUUUCGUUCCACCACCUCUUUUUCCCUUUCCCACCCGGACCACGCAAAUUCUCUUUCUUUCUCUAUUCUAGAGAGAGAAAACUGGAAAAUUUAGAUCUCUUGAAAGGAAAAUCUAGAGAGAGAGAGUCUAUGACUAGAAUGGGAGCAACAUAGAUCCGACUUGCAAGAUGCUUUGUUUCAGUUUAGUGGAUAAGCUUUCAUGAUGAUGACAGCAAUAAUAAUAAGAAGUUGAUUGUAUAGUUAUUUUCAAGCAUUACAGGUGCAUAAUUUGCAGGUGUUUAUGAACCCUGCAACACCUUGACAUAAGUUGUUUCAGUUGAGCAAUAUUACUCUUUGGGAAUUUAUUUCGAAGAAUGGCAGAUGGAAUAUCGAGCUUUUGGGGCCCUGUCACAUCCAGCACUGAGUGGUGUGAGCAGAACUAUGUCUAUUCUUCUUAUAUUGCAGAAUUUUUCAACACCAUAUCAAAUAUCCCAUGCCUUAUUUUGGCACUCAUUGGUCUUGUAAAUGCCUUGAGACAAGGGUUUGAGAAAAGAUUUAGUGUUCUUCACUUAUCAAAUAUGGCACUUGCAAUUGGGAGCAUGCUAUUCCAUGCUACACUGCAACGGCUGCAACAACAAGGCGAUGAAACACCAAUGGUAUGGGAAAUGCUCCUAUAUAUUUAUAUCCUCUACUCGCCAGAUUGGCAUUACCGGAGUACAAUGCCCACCUUCUUGUUCCUCUAUGGUGCCGUAUUUGCCAUUCUGCAUUCACAGGUCCGUUUUGAAAUUGGUUUUAAGUUGCAUUAUUUGGUACUUUGUCUUCUCUGCAUUCCACGGAUGUACAAGUACUACAUUCACACAGAAGAUAGAUCCGCAAAGCGUCUUGCGAAGUCAUAUUUGGCCACCUUAUUGCUAGGGAGCCUUUGUUGGCUUUGUGAUCGUCUGUUCUGCGAGGACAUCUCUCGCUGGCCCUUCAAUCCGCAGGGUCAUGCUCUAUGGCAUAUCUUCAUGGGUUUUAACUCUUAUUUUGCAAACACAUUCUUGAUGUUCUGCCGUGCUCAGCAACGGGGAUGGGAUCCAAAAGUUGUUCACUUCAUGGGAUUUUUCCCCUACGUGAAGACCCAAAAACCCAAGGCCCGAUGAACGAAGUUACUGUUUGAGAAAAAUUUUAUUUCGAGGUAGGUCCAUGGAUAUGGGCAGAAGCAAUUAGUCACAAACUCACAAUUCAUUUUUGUUAUUUUCUUUUUCCCCUCUUUUAAAAAUGUAAUAUAAAUUAUGGUCGAAAAUUGAUUUGGUUGGUUAGGUACUGAUGAAAUCUUUACUGUAAAACUAGUGGCUUGGUCCCAGCGUACCAUUUCUUUUAUAUACUUAAUGAUUAUAAGGUGAAUCAGAUAGGUUUUUUUUUUAGGA